GAAUAGUUCGCGGCAGAAGAGUUGGACCGCUGUUUAGUUUUUGUAAACACUGCUUAUUCCUGAAGAUUAUAGUCUGUACUGCUACCAUAAAGAGCACAAAAGCAUGGGUCGAAUAUUUCUUGCUCAUCCUGGAGGAGCUAGACUUUAUUCUUGCGCGAACUGCGACACUGCUUUGACGAAUCGAUCUCAACUAACAUCUAUGAAAUUUACAGGGGCUACUGGAAGAGCAUUCCUCUUCAAGAAAGUGGUGAAUUUGUCCUACAGUGAAGUUCAAGACAGAGUAAUGCUUACUGGAAGGCACAUGGUCCGAGAUGUUUUUUGCAAGAACUGUGAUACAAAACUGGGGUGGAUGUAUGAAUAUGCAACAGAAGAGAGCCAGCAGUACAAGGAAGGUCAAGUUAUUCUGGAGCGAGCACUGGUGACUGAGAGUGAAGGAAUUGAAGAAAUUGGUGACUAGUUGCAUUCUGAUGUGUUUAAAAAACAGUUAAAGGGUGAGAAUCAUUAUGGGCAUUUAUGAAGCCAAGGUAGUAAAUAGACAAAUUUCUUGAGAAAAAGUAAUGUCAGAUUGUUAUACAGUUUGAUUUUAUAUCAUAGAAAAAGUUGUAGUUUUUCAUAAUGAUUAGAUACAGUAGCUAACUGUGAUUAUUCAAAAUGGUGAAGUACAACAAUGAUGAACUGUUUCCUUGAAUCUCAUGAUACAGUCACUUCCAAUGUGAACCACAACAUACGAUGACACCCUCACUGUGAUUGUUUGGUUGUCAUAUGAUUUGAAUUGAUUGUAUCAUGAAAAAUAAAACCAAACAAAAUAUAUUUUCAUUUUAUUACACUUCAGUGAUACCUCAAAGAUGAAUAAUUUUGUUCUUUGAACUCUAAAAUCAAUUUUGCAUUAUUGAGCUUCUGUUGUUGGUAUCUUAAUUAACUGGACACUGCCCCUUCCCACUCUUCAACACAAUUGUAACAUAGUGUGUGCCAUUAAAAAGAUUGUAAAUAUCUUAGAUAACAUUGCUGUCGGGUUUAAUAAGCACUUGUAUGUAUAGUUUGUACAGAGCAAAGUAAAAAAAACUAGGUUACAAGAGAAGCUUUAUUCAUACUAAGUUCUAAUCUCUAUUUAAACUAUGAAUCAUAAUUUAGCAUUGCUAAUUAAAUGCAAUUCAAAGUAUUCAAAGUAUUUAAUAAAGAAGUUAGUAAUUUUUAGGCUUCUUCAUGUGAGAUUUACCUAAUACUUAUGUUAGGCUGUCUCUUUGCAUUAAUUCUCACACAUUUUAUUUGUGUUGAACAGCACUGUAAUACAAGCCUUUUACAUUUGUGGUUCACCUUAAUUUAAACAAGAGUGAUCAGUGUCUGAUCAUUCUUCAAAUGACUAUUGAUAAUUAUAAAUCAGCUAGUGCUGGAAAUUGCAAUGACCCCAAUGUCUACACAAAUGGUUAAAUAGUAUGAUGAAUUCAAGUUUUUGAAUGUCUCAUUACUGAAUAUUGUGGAAGAGCUGUUGUGUCCAGCCUGAAUUUUUCAGUUCAACACUUUUCAGUAAAGCAUUUUGACAGAACCACUUUUACCAAAAUUUCAACUUUACCUCUUAAAAACAAUAGUUUUUUCCAGCACUGGUCAUGUCUAAUUAUAGGGGUUGUGCCUAUUGCUUAGGAUUAAGUGCAAGGUGAUCACCAUUGAUUGACUUAAAACUAUUUAUGGAAUAAUUUACCAUUCAAAACUUUUGCAAAAAUGUAGGGAUUGAACAACCAGAAACUAAAAGUGUGAUGCUUUGUGGACAUUCCCUUAGAGAUACCUUUCGAGUCUCUGAUGAUUAUCUCCUCAUGACCAUCAAAUUUGAUAUGCAUGUUUAAUGAAAAUUUUGACAAAUCUUUUGCACAUUGCAAGGGUACAACUGAGUCUGAAUCUUGCCAUUUUCUCAGAUCUUUCACUGGCAUCAGUUUAUCUCAUAAAAUUAUUCGCAGCAAUUUUUUAUGUGUCAAGAUGGCCUUUUGUAGGUGUACUUAUUAAAGAGAUGUAUUAACAAAUACAUUGAAAUAAAAUGGA